AUGCUACUUCCAAUACCAAAUCUGAAGGACUACGGCCUCUCAGCCAGGCAUGGGUUUCUGCCAAACGAGCUGCCGUUGGCCCGGCUGCCCGACCCCUACUACACCGGCUGGGAGACGAUAUCAGCAAACCUGUCCUCUUUAAUCUUAAGCCGCCGAUUGCGAGAGCUGAUCCAGGUCCUACCGGUGCUCGACACUCGUGGCCUGGAGCAUGACGCAGAGUGGCGCCGCGCAUAUUCACUUCUCUGCUUCAUGACCCAUGGUUAUAUUUGGGCUGGUGAAUCGCCAGCGGAUCGCGUUCCCCCUCAACUAUCCAUACCUCUUGUCACGAUAUCUCAACGCCUGGAGAUUGUUCCAGUUGCAACAUACGCUGCUGUCUGUCUUUGGAACUUCAAACCGCUAUUCAUGAAUGAGGAUAUUGAUAACAUGGAAAAUUUGGCCAGCCUCAACACCUUCACAGGCUCUAUGGAUGAAUCUUGGUUUUACCUGGUCUCAGUGGCUAUCGAAGCACGCGGUGCGCCUAUACUUGACCUGGGGCUCACCGCAAUGGAAGCAGCCAGACGCAAUGACAGUGCCCUCGUUACAAACUGUUUAUGCGCAUUCGCCGAGCGACUGACAGAUCUUACAAGUCUUCUGCAACGUAUGCAUGAGAGCUGCGAUCCGUCUGUGUUUUACAACCGAAUCCGUCCAUUUCUCGCAGGCAGUAAGAACAUGGGGGAGGCAGGCCUGCCUCAUGGCGUUAUUUACGAAGACGACUCCGGUGUCGAGAAGUACCGGCAAUACAGUGGAGGCAGCAAUGCCCAGAGCAGUCUAAUUCAAUUUUUUGAUAUUGUGCUUGGCAUCAAGCACCUACCUACUGGGCAGUCAGCAUCAGCAAACGAAGCCACGGCGAAACGAAACAAUUUCAUUCAAGAUAUGCGACGCUACAUGCCGGCACGCCAUGCGCAGUUUCUCGAUGACUGCGAGAAUGUGGCCAAUAUUCGCUCAUACGUUCAAAGCAAUGCCGACGAUGAGAAGCUAUGUCUUGCAUAUGAUGCAUGCCUCGCCAUGCUCAGUGCAUUCCGUGACAAGCACAUUGCUAUUGUUACUAGGUAUAUCAUUAACCCAUCACGAGAGGUUCGAGCUCGAAGCCGCAGUCCUGAAGUUCCACGUGGUCGUAACAAUAUAGCCGUUGCGUCACGGAAAGGAGACGGCAAAUCGCAAAAAGGCACUGGCGGAACUGCUUUAAUCCCUUUCCUCAAGCAGGCUAGAGACGAGACGGGUGCCCCAGCAAUAGCAGAAUGGACGAGGCGAUUUAUGAAACACCAAGUGAGAACUUCUGGCCAAAGCGAUAUGUUUGCAAGCAAAGCAGAUGAAGCUACGUCGUCAAAUACCGAUGAGAUUCCUGUGCGAGGACUUGCGCAAACAUGGACCAUGGAAGAUGAAAUGGGAGGAAUUUGUCAAUUUUGA